ACAUUUUUGUUUACGUUCUAUGAAAUAAUGCGUGUUGUCUUUAGUACGGCGAAGUGAGGGGUCAUUAGGAAAGGUCGCUAGAUUUAUGUGCGCUGAACCUUUUGUACUUCUGUACGUCUCUCUCUCUCUCUCUCUCUCUCCCUCUCUCUCUCUCUCUCUCUCUCUCUCCUUCCUUCUCCCCCUCUUUUGUUGUUACCAGUGAUCGCUGGCAAUGCUGCCAUAGCAACCAGGAAACACUCCAGUGUGUGUGUGUGUGUGUGUGUGUGUGUGUGUGUGUGUGGGAUAGACACUAAACGCUAAACGCUUGAGCUGGUGAGGAGCGCAGGACGCUGUAGGAAAGGAGAUAUAUUCAGUCUGAUGCUAGAGGUUGUAAGGCUUCUGUGGAUGAACUGAUAUUCUGUAAGUAUGAGAGAGAGUGUGUGUGUGUGUGUGUGUGUGUGUGUGUGUGUGUGAGAGAGAGAGAGAGAGAGAGAGAGAGAGGAAGAGUGUGUGUGUGUGAAAGAGGACGAGUGUGUGAGAAUGCACUAAUGUAUAGUGUAGAAAUCUCCUGAAGUCUAUGGAUGAUGGUUGUGUGUGGGCUCAGAAAGUGUGUAUGUGUGUGUGUGUGUGUGUGUGUGUGUGUUAGUUAUAGUGGGAAAUCAGAUUUUGCCCGGGUCAGGCGUGAUGGCCUCCAGUGGAGUAACUGCCCUCCUGCCUCCAGUGAAGAGCGUGGUGGUGUACAAGAAUGGAGAUCCCUUCUUCUCAGGGAGGAGGUUUAUCGUGAACCAGAGGCAGGUCGCCACUAUGGAGUCUUUCCUGAACGACGUCACUCUCAGCAUCGGAGCCCCGCUGGCCGUGCGUACGCUGUACACGCCACGCCACGGGCACCGCAUACCCGAUCUGGAGCACCUCCAGCAGGGGGCGCAGUACGUGGCUGCCGGAUUCGAGAGGUUCAAGAAGCUCGAUUAUCUGAGUCUGGGGAUGAAGAGAACUCCAGUGGCUCGAACCGGAGACGCCAUGCAGGCUAAAGGACUCAGCAGACCCAACGUGUCCGCAAAAUGGAGGAAGGUUAUAACUCUGCCCUGCAUUAUACACGUGUUCAGGAAUGGAGACGUCCUCAGUCCUGCCAUGCGCUUCAUCAUUCCUCGGAGUCUGUUGAAAAAUUUGGAGCAGAUUCUCAGCCUGGUCUCGGAGAAAGCCAUGCUGCGCACGGGCGCCGUUCGCAGGCUGUGCACCCUCGACGGCGUGACGGUGACCUCGGCGGAGGAGCUGGAGAGCGGCCAGUGUUAUGUAGCCGUCGGUGCCGAGCGCUUCAAGAAACUUCCUUACGUGGAGCUGCUGCUGAACAAAGCACCAGGAGGCAGUGCAGACAGACAUUACGUUGCAGAUCGUGGCCUGCACAGGAGGUCAGAGAACAGGAAGUUUCCUCAAGACAGCAACAGUGACUCCGCCCUCCUUCACUCACCUGAGAGGGACGGCAGGCGCGUGAAGUCCACGGGAGACGAGGCCGAGCCGGAAGGAGCGAAUCUUUCUCAGCCGCUGCAGAGGAGGAGAGAAGGAAGAGGGGAAAGAGAGGAGAGCUCCAUAUUCUACGCCAAACCCGUCCGAGUGCGCAAACACAGACCCCCACACAGAGCUGCGGCCAGAAACGCAGGCAAUGCGAGUGUGUUUAAGGGCGUAGUGAGGAGGAGAGAGGAGGUGCGAGGAGCUGAGGAGGUGGCUGAGGAUGAGAGCACGGCUGUGGAGCUUCCUGUAGAUCAGAGAGUUGCUGAAGUCGUUCAGGACGAGGAACUUGAUGAGAGCCAACCAGAAACAACAAAUCACAUGCAUCAGACAGGAGCACCUGAUGAGCACAUGACCUCAUCUGCACACUCCAGUCCGUCUCCUAGCGACAGAGAGCACACUGUGAAGGAGUACGGGCCGUCUGAUGGAGAGACCUCGUUACCGAGACGGAGCUCUUCUCCGAACGGGGAGACGGAAGCGCAGGAUGAGGACAUACUCAGCGAAGACCUGGAACAGGAAAGAGGCCAAGAUGAUAAAGAUGGACGUCCUCAGGAAGCUGACGAGCCGGAGACGCAGGACCACACCCGUCCUCCCUCCUCAUCCUCACAGCAGAGAGAAUGACCCAGAUAGAAAGUAUAUAUAUCAGAUACAACCGUAAAUAAAUACCCCCAUAGUGUGUAAAGUCUAGCUCUAACCUUAAUCAUGUCCUGAGCGACGUUCUCCAGACUGUUCCUAAUACGUAACAUGUCCGUAAUACAAUCUCCAGACUGUUCUCUUACAGCUACGUCAUGUAGACUUUACGGAUCGUGAAGUUAUUCGCCUGUGAAUGUCUUUGACCCCCGUCAUGUGAUAAUAGACGCUAAUGAGACGCUGUUAGCCGAUACGGUGCGCGAUGAAGUCAGCAUCACAUAUAAAGGAGACAAAAAAGUAUCACACCACCUUUAAAUAUUCACCGUCACUUACGAAAUAUGAGCGAAAAACGUUGAUCUGGGUAUCUGAUUAGACUAACGUGAGCUCCAAAAUUAUUGGCACCCUCUAAGAGAAUGCGCAAAAAUAAUUGUAGAUAAAUAAACGAUUUACCUUUUCUCUAACUCAACCGCUCUUAUAAGAACCACUUCUGUCAGAAACCUGGCAAAAUUACCGACACCCCAAAAAUUAUUUUAAAUAAUGGAUAUUUGAUUAGAAUAGUCAACUCCAAAACUAUUGGCACCCUUUAAGAGAAUGUGCAAAAAUAAUUGUAGAGAAAUUACCUUUUUUUGUCUAACAAAAUAGGAACUUAUUUUAAUAAAAAUAUUUUCUCUCAAAAAUGUGGCAAAAAUUAGUGACUGCCCAAAAUAUUUGAAAUAAAUACAAACCAAUUUUUUUUUUGCAUAAACAGUUUUUUUUUUUUUUCAAAUUCAUUUUAUUUGACCAAAUAUGUAAAAAUUUGGUCAGAGUUUGUAACACUGAUGUAUCCAAAAAAAAAAAACAAAAAGCUGUAGAUAGCUGUUGAACAACAAAACUGACACCCAAAUUGAUUAGAAUAGUCAUCUACAAAAUUACUGGCUUUAAGAGAAAGUUUUUGACACUUAAAAAUUAUAUUAAAUAAAUCCAAUUUUUAAAAAAUGUUGCUCUGGCUCCAGAAAGUUAUGAAGUUUGCGUGUAAAAUCCUUUUGCCGUCAUAAAAAAAAACCCCAAAAAAAACAGCCAUUUUACCACUAAGAGUUUUCAAUAAUGAUGUUUGUUGACCUGCAAAACCAGUUAAUAUUUUUCAUGGCCAUCAAAGUUGCUGAAUUGACCCUUUAAAAUCUGUAAUACUGAGAGUGAUGCUCAUCGUUCACCCCUAACAGCACACUGCACUGACUUUAAGCCUGAUGUUCACGGUUCACGGUAUUAGUGCGGUUUUUGUGUUAGUUUUACGAUAAUUCAGUAGUUAAUGUUCAGGAGAUCCUGUUUACGUGAAGUCUGGAGCAAAGAGUGGAAUAUUUUAAUACUUGUGUAAAUUGUUCUGAAUCUGCUUCAUCUUGAGCCUUGAAUAGCUGUGAAAGUCUGCAGCGUGAAACUGAAACACUCGCAGUCUGAGUUUAACCCUUUACAUUCCCCAGCUUCUUAUUCUGUAACUGCAGUGACAGUAACAUUAAAGCUACGUAGCUGUGAGAGUGAGAGUAAGGGGUUCAUGUGAACUCGUGCUUGUGUGUACGGAUUUUCAUGGGAUUCCCAAACAAAUUUAGAAAAAUUGUGAUUACAUUUUCUUGGACCUAUAGAUAAAUGUGAAAUUUUUAUGUUUUCUUAUUUCAUGUGUACUAAUAUUCAGGUUAUAUAGUAUUAACAAUAAACCGUCGAAAACGAUGAAGAAAAAUCCAGUUUGCUUUAACGUGUGAAUAAUAAUAUCACUCAUAACAUGGCAGGUAUUUCAGUGAAUUAUUCUAAUUAAUAAAAAAAACCUCUAUUACACAUUUAUAGAACACUAUUUACAGUAACCAGAUAUAAGAGUUUUUACGAUUCUCGAUUCUGAUUGUUCACGGUUUCUCAGUAACAUGACCCACAACAUUCGGAGAAGAAAGUGAGGCUGUUUAUCAUUCUUUAAUAACUAAAAAAAAAAAAGUAAUCGUUGGUAUUUGCGGUGACAUGCUGUUAUAGGAAAAUAAUCAACUUCAGGUGGUAACGCCACUUCAUCACACCACCCUGUCGUUUAUUUAUUGUACUAUAGCAGCUUGUUUUAUUCCUUACAUAUCACAUAUCACAUAAUGACACUCCAGCUGUGUAUUUACACUCAGGUAGUUUCGGGAAUAAAAAAAUGGUUCUAGUUAAUUUUACCAGCAUGAGCCAGGUCAACCAUUUGUUCAUUUUGUUUCCUGAGGUUUACCAGAAACGUUGUGUAACUGAUCAAAAAGCAAAAAAAAAAAAAA